AUGGCCCUGCGUACUUCCGCCGAUAACGCAGAGGAUGUGGCCGCUGGCUUUCGUGCAUUUCGGGAUCAUCUCCCUGGACAUGAAGCUGAAAUAACUGGCCUAAUUGCGGAUCUUUUUGCUGUCAGCUCAGCUCUCAAAAGGUUGGACAAUCUCACAAACGAUCGUCGUUAUCAGCAUCAUCUGGCCGCCGUACAUCCCGACCUAGAAGUGGUCCGUACCAGCUUGAAGAUUACCCUUGAGGAUAUCGUCGACUUCUUCGGGGAUCUUGAAGUGCGCAGAGGCUCUAUCCGAGAUGUGUAUAAGAGAACAUGGAUGGAGCUAUGUGCCUUCUUCAAGGACGAGUUCCGAGACUCUCUCACCACACGCUUAGCUAGGUACAAGAGUCUUUUGCUUGACUUGGAGGAUUACAUGAAGGACAGCCUCUCUAAUACCUCAUACAUGGCUGGGGUUCGUACCGAUCUCAGGACGUUGCUAGCCCGACAAAGCAGCCGAUUGUCACAUCAACUAGGUUCCCUGUCUCUGAGCACACCGUCAUCUCCUAGUAGCCAUAGCGCCGAAUUUGGUAGUCCUGCCAGUGACCGUAGGCCUCGUAAUCGAAGGUCCUACGAACGUGCUAGACCGUCUCAUGCGUCUCCGCAAUCACCCCUCUCCCCUGUGUCUGGAACAUCCUCAGACACCCCACCCUCGGCUCCGGAUGCACCUGGAUCCCCUUUCACCGGUUCGGCCACAAGCCAUUCCUUGGGUUCAAACGUUAUCAGUGACCAUUGGGCUAAGAGGGUUUUCAGAGAAGUGCGUGCAACGACUCGAAUUCCAUAUGUUGGCGAAAGUUCCAAAUGCCUAGGCGACCUAACUCCCGGGGUAAAACGAUGGCUUCAUGAGGCAGGGUUUGAAGAGCUUUUUCAAUUAGCCUUCAACGGCGAUUCGGAUUUGCGUGUGCAUUUGUAUGUGCGAGAAGAUGAUCAUCGGGCACGUAUUAUGUGCAAGACUCUUCGCUCUACCCGAUCUAGUGAUUAUCAAUGCCUCCCUCUGAAUAUGUUAGAGAUUGUUCGUGUAGGCUCCUGUCUGCAGCUGUGCCGACGACGUCGUGGCGGCCUUGAACUGGUCCUGUGGGCUAAUCUCAAGUUUAGCACAAUUGAGCAUAUGGUAUUGUUUUUCUGUACGUUCCUUGCUCUUCGCUCGCAGGACUGUGGUCGGCCAGUGGAUCACAUCCGUGACUAUGAGCUAGACGAUGAAGAAGAGCUCUUUGGAGGACCUAUUGUCGACGACAAUUUCCUUCAUGCCCUACGCAUAUACCGUGAUCGUACAUCUGGCGCCAUAAGACUCCAGGCAUCUGUGCACAAGGGGGAGAUGAAACGUGCUCCAGUCUGGACGGCAUUCAUAACAAAUCACAUUGGCACUCGGGGAUGGAUCCGUCAAGCUGACCCAAAAGUUGUUCUGCUACGUGAACUUCAACGAACAGUUUUCACCUUUGAACACUAUGACCCACCACGCACAUCUCGAGGAGAGCACAUAUUGAGGUUUUCGAAUCGCUCUGAUGCCCAGGGUUUUGUGGAGACUAUCGCUGAGCUCGCGGCCCGUUGA